AAGAGGUAUUUUUAAAGCGAUAUCGACACAACGAAUGAUAUGGACUCUUUCCGAAACAAACAAAUACUGUAUUUAUUUGUCCAAUGUUAACAAUACCAAUAAAUAAGUGACGUCUUUAGAAUAGCAUCAGUCAUGUCUUCAACACGAAGAGCUAUGGAGUAUAGUUCGUUUUUAAUAAUACAAGAAAAAAACGAUAACGUCGAUUUCAUCGAAAAAGCUCAAAUGGCAGAUUUCGAGACUGCUAUUCACUACUCCCGCUAUGGAAAAUUUCAGAGGCUCCUUCUGGCUGUUUGCGGAACAAUUUACGCAACAUGCGCUAUCAGCACAACAACUUUAUCUUUUGUGUUACCUUCAGCUCAAUGCGACUUCAACUUAUCUUCUCUGGAUAAAGGAAAAUUAUCAGCUAUGCCUCUAAUCGGUAUGAUAUUUGGUUGUAGCCUUUGGGGCUCUAUCGCCGACUCACAAGGACGCAAAGUAGCAAUAAUGUUAUCACUUUUGGUAGAUUUUCUGGCAGCUUUAGUUUCUUCUUUCGCUCAAACAUUCCAGUUAUUCUUAAUUUGUCGCUUCUUUAAUGGGUUCGGUAUUAUAGGAGCCACUAGUAUCAUCUUCUCCUACCUAGGAGAAUUUGCCUCUAAGAAGCAUAGAGACAUCAUGUUGGGACGAUUAGAAGUGUUUUGGAACGUGGGCGUCAUCAUUUUACCUGGUUUAGCGUGGGUUCUUCUGAACAGAACCUUGCUGGAGUCGUUCAACGAUCAUGGAAAUUUCAGUCCCUGGAGAAUUUUUGUGUUGGUAUGCAGUUUACCAAGUUUAAUUAGUUUAGUUAUGUUAUACUACUUACCGGAAACACCAAAAUUCCUUAUUUCGAAAGGACAAUAUGAAAAGGCGAAACUCGUUUUUCAAAAAAUGUUUGCGUCUAAUACAGGAUACCCGUAUUAUGCUUACCCAGUAAUGACUUUAGAAGGAGAGAACGAAAACAAUAAUAAUACAGAAGAAAUCAUAAAACAAAUACCACUGAACGUAAAAAUCUACGAGAAACUAUGUUCAGUUGCCGCGGACGUAAAAACGUUGUUUUCACAGCCAUAUGUAAAAUAUCUAGGAAUUACUUCUUUCGCAGAUUUUGGGUUAAUGGCUAGCUAUUGCACAUUAAUUAUGUGGUUCCCCGAAAUUUUUGAGCGAUUUAAUGAGUAUGAACUUGCACACCCAAAUACUACUGCAAGCGUUUGUACAGUGUCAGAAGUAAAUCAAGACGAGAAUGCAGUAUUCUUUACAGAAUUUUGUGAUCCCGCCAUAAAUAGUCGAGUUUUCUUGGACACGAUUAUCAUAGGAUUAAGCUGUAUUCCUACGUCAGUAUCGCUUAGCUUCUUUAUGAAGAAGUUUGGCAAAAAAUUCGUAUUAAUUAUUGGUCUGAUGAUGUCAGGAUUCUGUACCCUUUCUUUAAAUUGGGUCCAAAAUUCAACGGAAACUUUAGUACUUUCCUGCGUCUUUGAAGCACUCACCAGUAUUCUUGAAGCAGUAAUUUUCUGUGUUAUUGUAGAUUUAUUUCCCACUAAUCUUAGGGCAAUUGCUUUAGCAGUGACAGCUUCGUCGGGUAGGAUUGGAGCCAUUUUUGGGAAUGUAGUAUUUGGGUUACUGAUCGAUUUGAAAUGUUUCGUGCCAAUAUAUAUUUUUGGAACACUUUUGAUAGCAAGUGGAAUGUUGUGUGUAGCAAUACCAAGAACUGACAACUAUUUAGUCAUUCAUUAAGUAACUUACGUUGUACCAAAGACUUUAGCUUCUAGUAUUUUUUAUUUAUUUAUAUUUAUUGGUAGAAAUAAUCAUGAUAUCGUGUGAUUCUUAAUUUUUUACUGUUUAUUUUACUUAUACAAACUGGAUAUGUUUUAUGGUUUUGUAAUUUUAAAAUAAAAUAUA